AUGGGUUCUGUAACACAACCUACACUUCCCAUAAUAGACUUCACUAAGAAUGACUUACAACCAGGUUCACGUUCUUGGCUUUCUUUAAGCAAAGAUGUCGUCCGUGCACUCGAAGACUAUGGUUGUUUCAUUGUGAUUUUUAGCGAAGUCUCUUCAGAACUACACCAAGCGAUUUUUCGUGCAGCCGAAGAACUAUUUGAUCUACCAACAGAAAUAAAAGUUCUAAACACUUCAGAUACACCCUCCCAUGGCUACGUGGGGCAAGAGCCUGUUAUUCCUUUAUACGAAGGUUUGGGCAUUGAAAAUGCGACGACUUCUGAAGGUGUUCAAAGAUUCACCAAUCUCUUAUGGCCCUCUGGAAAUGAGCGUUUUCGGGAAACUGUUCUAGCAUAUUCAAAGAUUGUGGCCGGAUUAGAUCAAGUGGUAAUGAGGAUGGUGGCAGAGAGUUAUGGUAUAGAAAAGGAGCAUGAAUCACUUCUUGGAUCGAUCUCAUACCUUCUUCGACUGAUAAAAUACCGAGGACCCGAAAUAAAUGGAACGAAUUUGGGUAUUGUCCCUCACACGGACAAGAGCUUCAUGUCCAUUCUCCAUCAGCAUCAAGUGAAGGGCCUGGAGAUUAAGACAAAGGAUGAUGAAUGGAUGGCUAUUGAUCCCUAUCCUUCUUCAUUCGUUGUCAUGGCAGGCGAUGCUUUUAUGGCAUGGACUAAUGGCAGAAUAGAACCUGCGUAUCAUCGAGUGAUAAUGAACGGGAAUGAAGAAAGAUAUUCACUGGGCCUUUUUUCAUUCAUAAGGGAUUUCACUAUACAAGUGGCAGAUGAGCUAGUUGAUGAUGAACACCCACUACAGUUUAAACCAUUUGAUCACUAUAAGUAUAUUCAUUUCUACUAUACUGAAGAGGGAAAGAGAUCAAAAUGUCCCAUCAAGGCUUAUUGUGGAGUUUAA